AAAAAGAAAAAGAAAAAGAAAAGGAAGGAAAAGCAAAAUGGAAAAAGGAAAAAGAAAUGAAAGGAAAAAAAAACGUGGUUCAAGUAUGCUAUUUGCUUCUUCUCCACAUGUUCAUGAUAGUUCUAGGGUUUCUCUCGAAUAUCUAUCAAAUGGCCGGGUGCCUGACGGGCCAAGAAGACAGUCGUCCUUAACAGUUCUAAAUACUGAGUUUUUGGAGAAGAAAUGGACGAGAGUUUACGGUGCUGUCAGUUGUAUAUACGAAUCAGAGAGAAUUACCAGUUGUCGCGCAGUAGCGAUAAAACGAUGGCUUAUUAAAGCGGGAGGAUUUGGACAUCCUCGCCUCAAAGGCAACAGAAGUUCAUCAGCCCUUAGUUAGUAAACCCUCAGUUGGUCACUAGAAAAAGGCUGGGAAUAUCAAAAUAGUCUCAACGAAAUCACCAAAUGGUUGAUUUUUAUGCAUGUCACGGCUGGGUGAAUCAAAGGCAAUGAAUUGAUUGUCUGGACUUUUCAUGCUUUGACACUUUUGACUCCCUUCCCAUAUGCAUUCAUCCAUGACCAUACAUAUAUAUCUGCAUCCUGCCAUCAAUGGAGCCCCUGGUCGGGACGAAACAUGUCACCCACUGGGCCACUGGUUUAUUCGUUAACUGGUCUUAUCUCCGGAUAAUAUCAGCAGCUAUUGACACCCAGGCUGGCUUUCCCACUUCCCCGGUUUCCAGGGCUCAGGAGAUGAGCCUGCUGUCUUGCAGAAAAUCUUCUCCACAGCCGGCAUUUGAAUGUGACCAGCGACUGAAGCACGUCCACAUGUUAUCCCUUCCCUGGGAUAUGAGAGAGACAAUCCAGUUGUUCGGUUGUCAAAUGCUUCAUUUGGGUCGUGUGGAAUCUGAAAUCUUGAUUGAGCCUGACAACAUUGUACAGCUUCGGGACAGAAAUCUUUUAAUCCGAAGCGUCGUGAGAAGAAGUCUAGUUUUAUGGAGGGUUAUUUUGCAAGCGGCACACAGUGUUUCACAGCAGAGAAAAAAUUGCUUUCGAGCUCCCCGAUCCGAAGGCGGCGCAGAGCGCACGGCGACAUCUUCAAGCAGCUCUAUUGGUGUUCGAUGCCUGUUGGCCCACAAUCGUCAUUCUUGUGCUGCCAUGUUGGGGGUGCAAGACCGGACGCUUGGUUCGUUCAUCAAGCCAAAAAGAAACGAUGGCGCCGUGGCGUUGGUGUCACGAUUCCCCAAGAAUCUACCCACUUUCACUGGCUUUGGAUUGGCUCUUGGCUUAGUCCUCGAAGACGCACUUCGGAACGGUCAUGUCGGCCGUGCCGUGGGCCAUGCCUCCUGUGUCCCCGUCGUCAGAGUAAUAUGA